AUGGAGGUCAAGAAAAAACUUGAAAAAAGAUAUUGUUAUAUUCCUCAACAGUUAGUUGAAGAUAUAGUUCGUGAAUGUAAAGUAUGUAUUACUCGACGAACUUCUAAACGAAUUCCACCAAUGUGUCCUAUUGUUUCUGAAGGUUUUUUAAAUCAUGUUCAAAUCGAUACAAUUGAUAUGACGACUAUUCCUGAUAGAGAAUAUAAAUAUAUUUUUCAUAUUAGAGAUCAUUUUAGUCAAUUUUCUUAUGCAGAACAAGCUCAAUCUAAAUUAGCUAAAGAAGCUGCCGCAAUAUUUCUUAACUUUUGUUUUAUAUAUGGUCCUCCUGCAAUUCUUCAUACUGAUAAUGGUGAAGAAUUUAUUGGUAAUACCUUUAAACAAAUGUUAAGUUUUUGGCCUACAAUAAAAAUGGUUUAUGGUCGUCCUCGAAAUCUACAAUGUCAAGGUCUUGUAGAAAAAGGAAAUGAUAUUCUUCAAGUAAAACUUGGUUCUUGGAUGGAAGAAACGGGUAAAAAUGAUUGGAGUCUUGGUUUAAAAUAUAUUAUUUGGGCAAUGAAUAAUCAAUACUGUUCUUUUCAUAAAACAAUACCUUAUAAUAUGAUAUUCGGACAAUUUCCUCACAAUGAAACAAAUAUGAGUAAUAUUUUAACAACAGAAGAUAAUUGCAAAAAUAAAUUAGAAAGUUUUAUUACAAAAGAAAAUUCUAGAUUAAAUAGUUUUGAAUUAGAAGAUUCCGAAAUGGAUGAUUCUAAAUCAGAAAAUUCAAAUUUUAAUAAUUCUGAAAAUAAUUCUGAAAUGACUAUUAUAUCAAAUUACAAUAAUGAAAUUAUUGAAUCUGAUAAUAUUAAUAUUCAAGAAAUUGAAGAAACAGUUGAAAGGUGA